AUGAGUCUCGUCUCUCCCAGGUAUCUUCAUCUCUGGAAGGAUCUACAAGCCUUCGAUUUCUACUUUGACCGCUCAAUUCCGUUUGAAAAGGCUUCAUUAUUCGUUAACUCUGUUCUCUCCCUCCGCAAAUCCCGUGACAUUCAAAAGUUCCAUCUCACUCUCACAUUUGAUCGAUACAAAUCCUUCGAUAUUAAGAAGUUUCAAGCUAAAUGUGUUGAAAUUUGGAUCCUUGCUGCAAUUGGACCCCACCUUCAAGAACUCAUUCUCUCAAUUUCCAGUUAUUCAUUUUUUGAUGUCUUUUCCCUGACUGAAAGUGAAUUUGUCGACCCUAUUCUCAACCUCAUCAGAGAUGACAACAAUGAUGUAUAUCUACUUUCACGUCAUUUGACAUCAAAGUGGCCAAUUCAUGCCCCUGUUCUAGAUUAUCCUGAAUUUCGCCAUUUACAUCAUUUGAAGUUAAUUCUUCUAUGUUUUAACUCAAAUCUGCUGGGCCAUGUUCUUGAGCAAUGCCACAUGCUUCAAGUUCUCAUAAUUCAGAGCAACAAGGAGGAACCACCACCAUUGAGAACAUGGCAGCCGGAGUCAACAACAGUUUCUCAAUGUCUCAAAUCUCACUUGACAUAUAUUCAUUUAGAAGGGUAUCAAGGACUUGAAGAUGAGCUGACAUUUGCUGAAUAUAUUUUGCGGAACGGACUUUUUUUGAAGACAAUGCUUAUUUUUGUUGAUAUUUCAAUGGACAAAAAGGACAAGGACUGCUCUCUCAAAAGAUUAACUGACAUACCAAGGGGCUCUAUCAUGUGUCAACUUGAAUUUGACCCAGCUGUAUCUCCUUAA